AUGGACAACUUCUUCGACCGCACCGCCACGGUGGACAGCGGGGAUGAAGAAGAGGAGGAGUUUGAUGAGGAGACGGGCGAGCCAGUUGAUCGGUCGCGCAAAUCAAAGGCGACGAAUGGCGAUGUGGAUGAUUCGAGUGAGGAGGAGGACGACGAUGAUGAUGAGGAAGAAGCGCGUCGCAUUCGGGAAGGAUUCAUCGUCGAUGAUCCCGAGGAAGACGACGAGGCUGCGAGGGAGCGCCGGCGGGAGAGGAAGAAGCGCAGAAGGGAAGAGCGAGAGGAGGACGAAGUUCUGGACGAGGAAGAUUUGGAUCUCAUUGGAGAAUUGCAUCCCGACUUCGACCAUCGGCAAGCGGAGAAGAACAAGUUCAAGCGUCUGAAACGUGGCCAUCGCGACGACAGAUCGGCAAACGAGGUGCGAGGUGUGGAAGACAUCUUCUCCGACGAGGAAGAAGGGGGCGAGGCUGUUGCGCCUGCGCGGGGACGCGGCGCGUUUGGGCAAUAUGGUGAUGAGAUGGACGAUUUCAUCGAGCAAGAUGAGUUUCCGGAUGAAGAAGGCGGACAACUUGAUGACGACCUUGGAGUCCGAGCCCCAAGACGCCCUGGCUUUGCAGACUUGCAGAAUCUUCGCGAAUCGGGACUCGACGAGGCGGACCUUGAGGACAUGCGAGGUGCAUUCGGCAAUGGGGAUGAGUUUGGCUGGGCGCUGGAGGCCGAGGCUGAAAACAACGAAGAGUUGGCCGAUCCCGAGAAGCCGCUGGAGCUCAAGGACGUCUUUGAGCCAUCGCAACUCAUCGAGAAGAUGUUGACGGAUGACGACAACAACAUCCGUAUGAACGACGUCCCAGAACGCUUCCAGCUCGCUCGGAAACCUUACCAAGAUCAAGCCGAGCUACCAGAGGAGGAGCUCGCGGAGUGGGAAGCGGAAGAAGCCAAAUGGGUCGCUGGCAUGCUCUUCCCCAAGAAGAAGAACAUCUCGCCGAGCCUUCGAGGACCCUUCGAGCAGGCCGUCAAGACGGUCUUGCGGUUCAUGAAUGUGGAAGACUAUGAGCCGCCAUUCAUUUUCCAGAACCGCAAGGACUACUUGAUCCACUCCGAGCAGGUUCCCAUCAGCCCGAACCCCAACAACCCUGGCGCGCCGGCCUAUGACAUUAAAGCUGAGAAACUGCUGAGUCAAACGGAUCUGUGGGAUGUCUUGGAGCAGGACCUCAAGUUUCGUGCAUUCUCGGAGAGGCGACGGGCCAUUCGCACUUCCGUGGCGGCACUGAAGGAGCAGAUCUCGGACUUCAGCGAUACAGUCUUUGAUGAUCUCCUUCCUCUUGCCGCGCAAAUCGACGACUUGCAGGAUCUCCAAGACUACCUCAACUUCCAGUACUCUGGGCGAUUGAAGGAUGUUGCCGCCGAGCGCGCCGAAGCCAAUGGACUGCAAAAGCGUGCCGGUGGUAAGCGAAGUCCUUGGGACAAAGUCCGACAAGGACCCGCAUACCAUCUCGUUCGAGCUUUCGGCAUCACCGCCGAUCAACUUGCUGUCAAUGUGGACAAGUCUGGUCGCAGGACGUACACCGACGAUACCGACUUGCGUCCGGAUGACCUGGCAGAUACGCUUGUCCGUGAUCCUGACUACCCCACUGGACAGUCAAUCCUUGCCGCCGCCAAGGCCAUGGUCGUCGAAGAGAUCGUUAUGAGCCCUCGCUUGAGACGAUACAUGCGCCAGAUCUACUACGAAAAGCUCGUCUUUGACGUGCAGCGAACGGAGAAAGGACACAAGCAGAUCGACGAGGGCCAUCCGUACUACGAAUUCAAGUAUCUGCGCGGCCAAAAGGUGCGCACCAUGAUGCUCGAUACGCCGGAGAUGUUCUUGCGAAUGCUCAAGGCGGAGUCGGAGGGUCUCGUCGAGGUGCGCGUGCGAUUGCAGGGCGAGCGCAAGGUCAAAGAGGACUUGCAGAAAGCCAUUGAAUCCGACAGCUUUUCCGAAGUCGCGGAUGCCUGGAACGAGCUCAGACGGGAGGUGCUCGAUACCGCGCUGGCCCAUCUGCACAAAAUCAUCUCCAAAGGCGUCAAGGAUAAUGUCAGAAGUGAGUGUGAGAACAAACUCGCGGGAUACUGUCGAGACGCAUAUACCCAGAAACUCGAUCAGGCGCCUUGGAAGCCUCGGGGAAUGGAAGCUGGAACGCUUCCUCGCGUGCUUGCGCUCUCCAAUGGCGGAGGAAACCGAAGCGAUGCCAUUUGCUGGGCGUACCUCGAGGAGAACGGAAGGGUGCUGGAGAACGGCAAGUUCAGCGAUCUCCGCCUUCCUGCACCUGGUCUAGCAGAGAGCAAAGACGUCGAGGCUUUCGUCGAGCUCGUGGAGCGCAGAAAGCCGGAUGUUGUGGCUGUGUCUGGCUGGUCAGUUGAGACGAGGCGUCUUUACAAAGACCUGCAGGACAUCAUCGAGAAACAUACCCUUCAUGGCGCCCCUUGGACUGAUGACAACGACCAGGAGCGUCUCGAUCCGCUGGAAGUUGUGAUUGCGAACGACGAGGUUGCUCGCCUCUAUCACACCUCGAACCGUGCGAAUGCAGAACACCCAGGCCUGCCACCGCUUACGAGAUACGCCAUUGGCCUCGCGAAGUAUCUGCAGAGCCCUUUGAAGGAAUAUGCUGCGCUCGGCAGAGAUAUUGUCUCGAUCUCUUUCGAUCCGAAUCAACAGCUUGUACCGGAAGACAAGCUGCUCAAGUACCUCGAGACUGCCAUGGUGGAUAUGGUGAACCUGGUCGGCGUCGAGAUUAACGAUGCCGUCAAUGAUCCAUACACCGCCAACCUGCUCCCUUACAUCUGUGGCCUCGGACCGCGAAAGGCGGCGUACAUGCUCAAGAUCAUCAAUCAGAAUGGCGGAGAAAUCAUCACGCGCGAGGAACUGGUGGGUGACGUGGACCAGGGCAAGCGGCAAGCGGUCGGGCCCAAGGUGUGGACCAACUGCUCCAGCUUUUUGUACAUCUCGUACGAUGACAACGAAAUCGGCGCGGACUACCUCGACAAUACUCGCAUUCAUCCUGAAGAUUAUGACAUCGCGCGCAAGAUGGCCGCGGAUGCGCUGGAGAUGGACGAGGAAGACAUCAAAGCCGAAGUCGACGAGAAUGGCAACAACGCCGUUGUGCGUAAGCUGAUCAAAGACGCCGAGCAAGACAAAGUCAACGACCUCUUGCUCGAGCAGUACGCGGAGCAACUCGAGACGAAGUUUUCGCAGCGGAAGCGUGCGACGCUGGAGACGAUUCGUGCGGAACUGCAGAACCCGUAUGAGGAGUUGAGACGUGCUUUUGAGAGUUUGACCACGGAAGAGAUCUUCACUAUGCUCACCGGCGAGACGCGAGACACGCUUGCCGAUGGCAUGAUUGUACCGUGCUCGGUCAAACGCACCUUCCUCGACCAUCUCGAAGUGAAACUCGACUGCGGCAUCGACGGCGACAUUCCCGAUAUUGAGUACCCCGACGAGAUGAAGAAUAGCGGCCUCGAGCCCCGACAAGUUUGGGCGCCACAUCAAACCAUCCAGGCCAAGUUGAUGUUCAUCGAUCGCAAGAAGCUGGCCGCAAAGUUGACGCUGCGAGAGAGCGAGCUGAGCGUCCCCUACCGACGUGCCGUGGACCAUGAUAUCGACGAAUGGGACUACGAGCAGGAAGCGCGGGACAAGAAGGAACUCAAGAAAGUCAUCGACGCCGGCACCUGGCGCGCCCAGCGAGUCAUCAAGCACCCCGUGUUCCGCCCCUUCAACUCCAGCCAGGCCGAGCAGUUCCUUCAGCCGCACGGCCGUGGCGACUGCGUUAUUCGCCCCUCGUCCAACGGGCCCGACCAUCUCGCCGUCACGUGGAAGAUCCACGACGACAUGUACCAGCAUAUCGAUGUGCUGGAGCUGUCGAAGGAGAACGAGUUCUCCGUCGGCAGAAUCCUCAAGAUUGGGGGCAAGUACACGUACAGCGAUCUCGACGAGUUGAUUGCGCUGCACGUCAAAGCCAUGGCGAAGAAGGUCGAUGAAAUGAUGGGCGACGAGCGCUACCAGAGCGGAAGCAAGCAGCAGACAGAGCAAUGGCUCACCACCUACACCGAAGCCAACCCCAAACGCUCCAUGUACGCCUUCUGCCUCAAUCCUAAGCACCCCGGCUACUUCUACCUGUGCUUCAAGGCCGGGCAGAACGCGCCGCUCAGCAGCUGGCCGGUCAAGGUCAUUCCGAAUGCUUUUGAGUUGCAGGGACACAAGUACCCGGAUAUGCGGGCGCUGAAGAAUGGGUUUAAGCUGUUGUUUGCGAAUCGGGGGGCUGCGGGUGCGCCCGGGGCGGCGGUGAAUGGGAGGCGGUGA